AAUCUAACAAGUCGUUGUUUGCGUUCCUAGUCCUUCCCUGGAAAAUCCUCUGUUCAGCUCCUACGCCACCAAACUCAGAAAUCUCUGUUCACCGGAUCUAAAUCCCAUCGAAGUUCUUGAUCAAACAUGGCGUACGUGGAUCACGCGUUCUCGAUUUCCGACGAGGAUAUCAUGAUCGAGGCAUCUUACACUGUAAACAAUCGCCCACCUAUCAAGGAGAUUGCUCUCGCCGUUGGUCUUCUCGUCUUUGGCACACUCGGAAUGGUCUCUGGCAUUAUCAUGUCCUACAAUAGGGUCGGCGGUGACCGAGGUCACGGUAUUUUCUUCGCGAUACUGGGGAUAGUCCUUUUCAUACCUGGGUUUUAUUACACGCGGAUUGCAUAUUAUGCUUAUAAAGGAUAUAAAGGCUUCUCUUUCUCCAAUAUACCUCCUCUGUAGGGAGUGAUCAGUCAGGCUUGCGUUCCCUUGUUGCCCAUGUACAGGUCUUUUCUGAGUUGCAGUUUUCCUACCACUGUCUCUCUCUCUAGUGCUCUUUAUGAAUUGUUAUGUUUGUAUUGAUACUAUUCCGAAUGAUUGAUGUUCUGAUACUAUAUGCGGAGUUGUGUACAUUUCUUCUACUGAAGGGAAUGACGUUUAAGUAACUGACUGAUGAUAGACAUACAUCAAAUAUAUAUAUAAGUAUAUCGAAAUUGCAUUUAAAAGAUAUAUAUUUGUAUAGUCAGAUUGCU